GAGGUCACUUACUGCUCUGGCAUUUUGAAUUCUGGAGCACAACAUUGUAACCUCUCUUUCUGAACUUGCUGCAGACUGGCAGCUCCCAAAGAGCCUUUCAUUCAAAUAGUGCCUGACAAGGCGGAACAGUUGUCACGUUUUCAGAGAGACUGAAGUGCGCAGGAGCGAAGAUAUUGAGACGCUGGGGGCGGAAGUGGCUGAGAAGGCGGUGGCGGAGAGCUCGCGUGGCUGAGAAUGGACUCUGGACCUCCAGCCUGGGUGGGCAGUGUGUUCCUCUUCAUUCGCUCAGACGAGACGAAUCUAUCAGCCCUGUACCAGGAACCCCAGAUACGGCUGAAGAUUUAUAAAGCUCUGAAGCUGACUCUUGCUGAUGCCACCGGCAGUGCAGGAGGUUAUGAAAUCCUGAAAAUUUAUGGAAGUGUCUUUGGACUCCAGCUGAAAUUUACAGAAGAAGUAAAAUGCAGGAAGUUUCUUCACAGUUACAAAAAUGACAAACUCAAGCAGGCUUUAGAGUAUCAUUUUCAAAACCAAUCUAUACCCAACACGGCUUUCACAACAGAGUUGAAGGCUGGGACGGUGACAUUGGAUGAUAUCCUGGAUAAUCCAGACAGCUGCCUAAGGCACAUCAAAGAGAAUGAGCCUAACCACCUCCGCGACGAUGAAGUUAGCAGAUUGGAAGAAGACAUUAGGCAACUGGUCCUAGAAUAUAAUUCAAACUGCCAGAAUUCUGGAACACUGUGCAGCACUAAUUCAGAAAUAUCACCAGCAGCCUCCACCCUAUCACCAUCCUCACCAGCUUUGCCAAGUCUGUCUCCAUCUUCAAUGCAAGCACUUCGCUCGACUGAUCGUUUUGAAUUUCAAGGUGCUUUUUUUGAUGACCAUGUUUUGAGUGCACAGAAUCACUACACCUUUGCCAAAACUGUGGGCAGGCACUGGAAACAGGUCGGCCGCGUGUUACAGAAAACCUGCCGAGGUCUUCAGGAUCCAGCCAUCGACAAUAUAGCCUUUGAGUACGAACGGGAAGGAUUGUAUGAACAGGCUUACCAAAUGCUGCUCAAGUUUAUUCAAUGUGAAGGGAAGAAAGCUACAAUGAGUCGGCUGAUCAGAGCUUUGGAGGAAAAUGCACUGGUUGGAGUUGUUGAGCAGUUGCUGAACACCUCGAAUAAUUAAUUAGGAGAUGAGGGCAACUAAGGAAAGGCAGUGAAAUAUUUUAUGGUAAGGUGUAAAACUGAAAGGAAAUUGUGAGCAGGUGAAAGAGUUUUAUUACUAACUUUAAAGUUAAUCAUUCUGUCUGAGCAAAUCCGUUCUUUAAUCUCAUCGUUUAUGACUGAAGUGUGUCUUGCAUCGGAGGCAGUCCACUUCCUUCUGUAUUCAAAGGCAUUUUUUUUUAAAUUGUUGAAUCUAGUUCUUAUUUUUGCAUCUAUAUAUUUUAAUGUAUAUUAGACAGUAUUCCCUAUGUUGAUUUGCAAACCGACAUGCAUAUUAAUUACAAGUUCAUCAGAUGAAAGUUUCUUCUGUCAGCUAGCUAUGUGGAAUGAGUUUGGACAGUCUCCUUCCAAUCCCUGGCACGUAUAGGCCUGUAACACAAGGUUGUCCCAGAUCUGGCAUUGGGUAGUCUUGUAUCACUCUGACAGGCCAAAGGACAAUAUGGGAGACUCCCCUGGGACUGGGGAUGAGGUGUUUUGUUGGGGAGGGAAACAAGUCUUUUGGAGCUUUUACUCUGCUGUUAGCUGUGCUGGAGCUCGCCUGGGAGUGGCUGAUGCUGAUGCUGGGUGCCUGAAGUGGGAAGAGUUCCGUUCCACAACUUGAGCGCAAAUCCUUUUUUUUACAACAGUAAAAUUCCCUGGAAGUUGGUGUAUUCAGUCAUGGUAGAUCAGUGACCCUGAUCAUAGACAACGAGAAGGAGACCUUUGAACUCGCUAUGCUGUGGGCCCAGAUGUGGAGAACUGCCCAAAAGCAAAGAACUUCCAACUAAUGAACCUUGAAGAAUUUUUGGCCUUGUCUUUCAAUACUCAGUGAUGUAUGGCCAACCUAUAAUUGGUGGGAGUGAUUCCAGUGGCAGUUACUUCUGGUUUAUUGUGCUAUUAUAGGAGAGCCCCAGAGGCGAUGGUUCUUUUAAUGAGCAAUAGAAUGUUUGCCAGAGGAUUGAUUGAGGCUGUACACAGGAAAUUAACUCCUAAAGAAUAUAAUUCUGAUGUGCUUCUAUUCAUCAAUGCAUGUAAUAACCUCCAGUCCAGAGGGCACCAAGGCGAUAAGCUCUUAUGUUGCAUGAUAACUGAAACCCAGGAGGUACACAAAACCAGCCUGCUCUGAUGGUGGGUUUUUUUGACCCUUCUAUCUCAGGAAUUGACUUUUCUCUGCCUCAGUAUCAAGGUUGAAACUUGAGUUCAGCUGGAGCUCAGUGGCAGCACUCUUGUCAGAGAGUCAGAGGAUUGUUGGUUCAAACCUGAUACCAGAGUGACACACACAAUGCAGGCUGACGCUUCAAUGUAGUACCAAGAGUUCUGCACUGUCAGGGGUGUCUUCUUUCAGAUGAGGUGUUGUCCAAGACCCUAUCUUCCCUCUAAGGGUGGAUGUAAGAGAUCCCAAGGCACUAUUUGAUGAAGAGCAAGGGAAUUCUUCUGGUGUCCUGGCCAAUAUUUAUCCCUCAACCAAGGUCACUAAAACAGAUUAUCUGGUUAUCGCCACAUAGAUGUUUGUGAAACCUUGCUGUACUCAACUUGGCUGUUGUGUUUCCUACCUUACAGCAGUGACUAUACUUCAAAAAAAAAGUACUUCAUUGACUGUAAACCAUUUUGGGAUGAUCUGAGGUUGAGAAAGGUGCUAUCUAAAUGCAAAUGAUGUCUUCCUUUGGGUAUGACCUGUUGCAUCAGUUGACUGCUUGUGUCUUUGAGAUAUAUUAAAAGAGACAGCCAUUAUUGCACUCCAGUUUAUCUUUUUGCUUUGAGAUGAAAGCUAUUUGUUUUAUGACCUCUUUAAUGACAUCCUCUAUCUGCAUCAAAUGCUCAUUACACAUUGGUGAAAAGUAAAGCUGUCUCUGCCUCAACACUGCCUUGACCUCAAUUAAAUGAGCACCCUCUACAACAACAACGUGACACUUUGCAGCUCCGGGCAUUCCAUGGGAUCUCGGUGAGUUUAUCAAUUUAAUGCUGUUUGGUAGUUUUAAACCAGGAUCUAGAGUGUUACUGUCCAAACUUAUUUAACAUUGGACCUGAAGAGACAAAAUAGAUCAUCACUCUGGCCUGAGUCUAAAUCCAGAUCCUGAAGGGGAAAGACCAGUGCUGCUUUUCUUAUACCAAGCAAUAGCAUAGUGGUAUUGUCGCUGGGCUAGUAAUCCAGAGACCCAGGGUAAUGCUCUGAGGAACCAGGUUUGAAUCCCGCCACAGCAGAUGGUGGAAUUUGAAUUCAAUAGAAAUCUGAUGACCAUGAAACCAUUGUUGUAAAAACCCAUCUGGUUCACUAAUGUCAUCCUUACCUCGCCUGGGCUAUAUGUGACUCUAGCAGUGACUCUUAAAUGCCCUCUGAAAUGGCCUAGCAAGCCACUCAGUUGUAUCAAACCGCUACAAAAAAAAAAUGAAACUGAACAGAUUACCUGGCAUCGACCUAGGCACCGGAACCUUCACUGUUGCUGGGUUAAAAUCUUGGACCUCCCUUCCUAACAGCAUUGUGGAUGUACCUACACCCCAUGGACUGUAGUGGUUCAAGAAGGCAGCUCACCACCAGCUCCUCAAGGGCAACUAGGGAUGGACAAUAAAACCCAGUUCUCCCAUUGCUUUAAACAAUGUGUCUGAGAGUUUGGAAGACUUGGUUUGAAAUCUAACCUCUGUUUAACUUUAUCAUUUGUGCUAACUGAAUGAGCUUCCCCCUAUAUGGACUGUAUGUGUUUUAUAAUCAUCUGCUUCUAUUCAAACUGCACUGAUUUAUAAUUGUCUGUUCUCUCCUUGUAUUGUUAGUAUUCAGAACACAUGUUGAGACGCCAUCUUAAAGCCAAAUUAAGAAUAGUUUUGACAUACGUGUUGUCAAUCAGUUUCACUGAUGGCAAAAUGACAAAUGAAAAGUAGGAGAUUCAUCAAGAUAUUUUCUCAACUGGAGAAACUCAUGCAAUGUUCAGGAAAUGCUUCAAACACACAAACCUAUUUGUAUGGCUGUGUAUCCACCUACAUUUUUGCUUCUUCCUGUUCUACUUAAAGGCUGAAAGUGGAAAGCAAUGUAUAAGGUGCUGCAUAUCUUAGUUUUAGUUUUUAUAUAAGCAUUCAUUUAUACACAAAUAAAUUCUGAUCUGUUAAAUUCAA